AAUUAAUACUAUUUUGUAUUUGAAAUACAUGUAGCCUAUCAUAAAUGCUAACCAUCCCUGUAUAGGCUACAGGCUUAUAUAUACUGUAGGCUAUUCAAAAUGUUUAGUAAAUGGACUUGAACUUCCAUAUGGUCUGGGUUCAAACAUUCUGACACGCAAAGUGAAGUUUCACUUGACUAGAAAAAAUGCGAGGCUUCGAAAACAAUACGCACAUUUCGGGACAAAGCUGCUCAGAGACAACGUAAAAAAAAAGAAAAAAAUCACGAAGCAUAUCAAAGUACAUCAGAGUGCAGUUACAUGCAUCAGAUUUUCUAAGUGGGGAACAUGAAAGAGACAGUCAAUCACUCGAUUUGUACAGCAUUAGCACAGAAACGUUAUUUAUACAUUGUUCAUAAAACUUUUUUUACUGAAUUUUUUUUUUUUUAAUAUUUUUUAUUUUAUUUAUUUUUUUACAUACAACAGUAACGUCCCCAUAUUUGCAAAUGAUAACGAAAUAUUCCCUUAAAGCUAUGCCUAACCAAGAAAAAAAUCGAUUUAAAAAACAUUUAAUAAACUGGAUGUUUUUAGCGUUCAGAGAACAUUUAAAAAUAACGUUUCCUAACUUAAAGGGAACAUUAGCAGAAUGAUUAUUUUUGUUUGCUGGUUGUUAUCAGUCAGCAGUGCGCGCCUACUUCUUUCUAUAUCGGUCGGUUUGGGUUUAAAGCAACAGAACUGACCAAAUGUAAAAUAGUUCUUCAGCCAAGCAUGAUUGAGUAGGAAGUUGAUUGAAGCAUUCUUGUUUCCACAGUACGAGGUUUCUAAGUUUCUGAGAGCAAAUGCAUGCCUAUGUCUUGUUUGUUUUAAUGUUUUAUUAUCACAUUUCAUCACACUAGCUAUUCUUUCGAUGUUCCUUCCUCUCACGUAUCUAAGCGACUGAGCCCCUUUAAAACUUUUUUUUAACGAAAGUGAAAGCAGAACGGUCGACGUGCGGCUGUUUCUUCACACCAUGUCUGUAACUUUGUUUUUCAUUUACAGCAGAUAGCCUAAGUAAUGCUUUGCGUGAUUUUGUACUUGAACAUGCACUUAAAUAAAUGCUUGUUCGUGGCAGCACUAUUUAUGAUCUGUGACGGGUUCUUAGUAAAAGGUCCGUCUAGUCCUCUGGUUGUUCCUAUGGGAUCUUCAGUGGUUUUGCCCUGUUAUGUUGAUGAAGCCUUACCUCUGAAAGGACUGAAGGUGAUUUGGAUAAGAACAGACUUGAAUACUCUAGUGCAUGUGUACCAAGAUUAUGAGAGUCGACCAGAUGCCCAGUAUCAGGAUUAUCAUCAUAGAGCUCAUUUCUUCACUGACAAAAUUAAACUUGGAAACUUCUCCCUCCGUCUGGAAAACGUGAGAACUGGAGAUAAGGGUUUUUACAGAUGUAAAGUUUACACUGAGCAGGAGACUGAUGAAACCCUGGUUCAAAUUAAAGAAGUUGAGCAUUUGAGUGUUUCAGGAGCAGAUCAUCUCGUAUCAGCGUCUGUGGGUGAAGAUGUCACUCUGAACUGCUCUGUGGACUCUCACAUCCCACCUGAACACAUUCAACAGGUUUCCUGGAGGAAAAUGGAUGGAAACAUCAUGAUUCUGGUUUUUGAGAAGAAUAAAACUCUACCAGCUGAUGAGCGAUACAGAGACAGAGUUGAGUUCUUCACCGAUGAAAUCCCUAAAGGAAACUUCUCUCUCAGACUGAAGAGUGUCAGAACUGAGGACCAGGGGGUUUACAUGUGUCACGCGAAUGCUGGAAAUUUUUCAGCCAAUGCAACUGCAGAAGUGGAGCAACUGGGUUACUCUGCUUUACACAGUAUUGUGUUCAUUCUCUGUGUCAUUGCAUCUGCAUCUGCACUUCUGCUGACAACUCUAUGGUAUAAAAUGCACAGACUGCAAAAGACAAAUGCAGCCCUUCUCCUUCAGAUCUCUUCAGUCUUUGUACCGAACCUCAUUAUGUUUUUUGCCUUCUGGUUCUGGGGUGUUAUUGAAGGGUUUCUGAGUGAGACUGUUGCUUGCUGUGCUCAUUAUAUUCUGAGGCCCCUUCUGCUGUUAUGGGUGUCUCCACAUUCAGAACAUUUCCCAGGCAAUCGUAAAACAGCGAUUCACUGCAUUGUUCAUCUACAAUAUUCCCUCUUUACAAACGUUGUUUAUUCAGUUCUUUUUCAGUCUUUCUGGGAAAAAAGUCUGAGUUAUGAACAAUCUGACAGAGUCCUGAUAACAAUCCUCUUUGCAAUUAUGAUUCUGAUAUGCAUCACGAACAUCGUUUUCUUAUUGGCUGAACUGAUUAGAAAUAAAGAUGGCCGUAUGCGUGCUGUAUUAGACCUCGUGUCUGAUAUCGGCCAUGAUGUUCUGCCUCCGUUACAACUCAUCUUCCUCUUCUACGCUUUUGGAGCUGCCAGUGGAGCGCUUUUUGUUGUUGGAGUUUUUCCACUGUUCCUAACUUUGACCAGAUAUAAUUGGAAAGAUGCAUGUGUGGAAAGACUGGAAUGUUUGCGCUCGGUCAGGAGAGUUGCGUGGAUAAGUUUCAUGAUAGUGGUGAACACAAUAAUGGUCUAUUCAUACCUGAUAGCACUGAAAAAAGAAAAAGAUUGUGAAGGAUGGGUCUGCGUAGCUGCAUUUCUUCAAGUUCUCUGGGGAAUUGUGGUCCUGAAACACUCAUUUGGUGACCUGGAUCUUCCUUUUAGACACAUUGUGCACAUUAUUGGAUCAGUUGUUGUUGUUCUAGUCAACUCUUUUGCAUUGAUGACCGAACUGUUCUUGAAAAUGGUUAAUGGUGAGCGUGCGAUGAAGGAUCUGAGAAAAGUUGUCUUUUCCUCUGAAUGCAUCUUUGCAUCAUUUGUGCUGCUGUUAAUCAUUUUCGAACCUUUCAUUAAAAAAGUUCAGCAGCAUUUUCAGAAUCCAGUGAGCAGAUCGCAGCAGAAUCCCUCUUCUCAGAAUGAGGCCAUGUCUGAUGAUACUCCACAUAACCCAUCAAACCAGAACCAGAAUGCAGCACAAUCAUUUGAGUUGAGACCGAUGUUAGAAACUGAAGAACAGGAGGUUGGGGGAGAUAGAGACGGAGGAGACGCAGCCUGAUUCAGUCCAACAAUCAUUGCAUUGAGUCAAUCUACCAGAUUCAUCCACUGUUUACUCAAACAUUCACAAGUCCGUUCAGUGUUCUGCUUAAAAAAUUUGUGUUAUACUUAGGUAUUGUGUUUGUUUGUUGGUCAUGUUGAUAGUGAAUGCAAAUAGCUGCAAAUGAAUCAGAAGUCUCACACAUUCACAGACAAUAGCCUUGCAAAAUAAGGUGCAUACAUGAAGGUUUACUAAUGUGGUCCAUAGACUGCCUGUAUAGACUCGAGCUUUGUGCUUCAGUAACUUGUAGAUCUGCAUCUCCUCAUUGGACACCCUACAACAUCUUCAGAUAAGCAGCUGGUGGUGUCAGAUGUUUCUCUUGCUUAUAUGAACACUAUCAGAUACACUACAUCAGUCAGUGCUGAAACACAGCCUCAUGUUCAGAGGAUCCACAAAUACAGCCUUAUGACUCUCUUUGGUGCUUUAAAGCAAAACCUGUAUAAAUAUUUUACCUUUUAUAUUUCAUUUAUAUACAAUAUUGGGCACAUAUGGUGUGUUUUCUUGAUAAGUUGCUGCCAUGGACUGUGAAUAUGUCUCAUGGUUCAGUAUUUCCUCAUGUCACUCUUCUCAACAAUUCUCUUUAUUUGAAUAUGUUACUCAUUGUUACUCUUGCAGAUCGUGUUUCUGAGCAUGCUUUAGAAAGGCUUGGUUAUAAUAUGGAAAUAUGGGCACUUGUGUGUUAUUACGUCAAGUUUCUGAUGUCAGAAAUCCAAGAAUGAGCCAUUGUAGAAGUUUACUUUCAGUAAAUGCUCUUUUUUAGACUGGAUCAAAUGUUUUGAGUUGUGACAGAUUGUUUUUAUAAUACAGUGAAAUCAAAGGGAUCUCUACUUUGUAUAUGUAUAUAGAGAUGAGCCAGUAUUUAUUUAUUUAUUUUUUUAAUAAAUUGUAUUUUUUAAAUUUGUUGCAAAUGUUAAUGGUGCAAACCUUGUUGACAGCGUUUUGUUCAAUAAAUUCAAAUAAAUGACAGCAACAGUUUGAUUGUUUUUACCUGCAUUAGUUCAUCCUCACUCAUGGUUUCAUUGUGUGUUUGUUUGGAUCUGUUGGACUUUUACAGUGA